CAUGACGUCGCCGCGGCGCUUGUGACUUGACGGAAUGGAUCUGAGAUCAGUUCGCAGAGGGUCCAAGAGUCGGAGGGUUUCCACCGGAGGAUGAAACAAUAACCUCCCGCAGACACGCGCACACGCACACAGCCGCAGGUUCGAUCCCGCAGCAGCAGCAGACAACCCGCACACCGCGUGAAAUGAAGAACUCGGUAAGAUGAACCGGAAUCAAGAUGAUGAGUUUGUUGCAGUGCGCGUCCAAGAUCCCCGCAUUCAAAAUGAAGGCUCGUGGAAUUCAUUUGUGGACUUUAAAAUAUUCCUGCAUACAAACAGCAAAGCCUUCACAGCCAAGACGUCGUGUGUGCGGCGGCGCUACAGCGAGUUUGUGUGGCUCCAGAAGAAGAUGCAGAAGAACGCUGGUUUGGUACCCGUCCCAGAUCUUCCAGGAAAAUCCUUCUUCUCCUUCUGCAACGAGGACUUUCUGGAGCGGAGGAGAGCCGGUCUUCAGGCCUUUCUGGACAAAGUGGUGAACAUGACCGUGUGCCUGUCGGACAGCCAGCUCCACCUCUUCCUGCAGACCCAGCUGCCGGUGGGUCACAUCCUGGACUGCGUUCAGGGCCACACCCCCUACUCGGUGACCGACGCCAUCCUCACCUACGCCUCGUCCAACUGGGGCUUCGCUCAGGCCCAGGAGGAAGAUCCCAGCAAGGAGCAGAGCUUGACCGUUUCUUAUGAGUCCAUGGAGAGUCCAGCUCCUCAUCAGCCGUGUCUCCAAGCUGCAGAGACGUCCAGGCCCGAGCCGCUCUCCAGUGGAGACUCUGAUCCUCUGGCAGGUUUACUGAAGCUCCGUGAAAAGGACCAGGCAGAGUUAGAGCCCGAGGAGGAAUCCUCAGUAACCAUCUGCCAGAGCAGCGACCAUCUAGAGGUCGACUGUGAAGCCACAGAGGCCACCUUCUACCUGGGGGACGUCCAGGAGGAGAGCCUCGGCCUCGCAGAGCAGACCCAGCAGAUGAGCUGCCAGAUACAGACACCAGUGGAGGUGCACUCGCCCAUAGGGACUGGUUUCCAGAGCGAGGUGGUUUGUGAGCUUGAGGAGGAGGAGGUUGCAGAAGAAGAGGAACGAGGUGUGACUUUAGAUACAGAAGAAAAGACUCUCUGCCUUUCAGAAGUGGACGAGCAGCUGCUCAGUCCUGAGGAGGCACAAAUAGAAAUCGCCUGUGAGCCAGAACAACGUAUAGAUCCUGAAGAAAUAUCAGAUUUUAAAGACAAUGACUGUGAGAAUAGGAUCAUAGGAAGUAACGACAGAUCUCAGGAGGAGGUUCUGGAAGUCGUCCACUCUGAGACGCAGGUUCUAGAAAACCACGUCACCUCUGAGGUGAACCACGCCGACAACACGGAGGUUCAAGUUCCACACGUCCUCUGUGAGGAGGAGUCAAAGAAACCAGACAGCGAAGACAGUUCUGAAUCUGAGAGCAAAGAGGAGACGACACCUCCGUCAGAAAUCCACCUAGAAACUGAGGAUGUGCAGAGCGUCCCAGAGGAGGACAGUCCCAGCGCCGCUCUACAACUGGACCAGGUUGAGCAGGAAGUGGAUUUAGUGGGGACCAAGGACGAGAGCGACGAGGACACUCACUCGCUGCCGUCCUCCAACGAGAGCAUCGUGAAGGUCAGCGACGAGGAGAGCGUCUGUGACGACAGCGAGGAGUCGCUCCAGAAUGUGAACGACUUCGAGAAGAUGUCCGACCCUGACGCCUCCAGCCCGAACAUCCUGGACCUGCAGAUGAACGGGUUCCCUGUGGAGAAAGACGAGCUGCUCUACUCGACGCCUCUGGACCUGAACUCCACCGCAGCCGCUGGAGACUUGAGUGGAAGUGGAGACUUCAGCGUCCUGGAGAGCAGCUGCGUUCCUGGAGCAGCCGACGCUCUAUGUGAGGAGGAGGAAACUCUGGAGGACUCACAAGGUUCAGGUGUAACAGCUGCAGGACACGUCCUCUAACAGAGACUCAGUCACACACAGGUUAACAGGGUUCAUGGGCGGAGCUGGUCAGAUGGUUGUUCACCUCCUGAUCACUUAGAUCCACCACUCAGACUCAGAGUUUAGGCUCAAGUUGUUUUUAAAAUAGUUUAUUUAAUUUUAAACUUCUCUUCUUUUAAACUCAGGAACACUAAACACGUUUCUCUCCUCUGCCGUAACGAUCGGGAUGAUUCUCUUCCCCCCCCCGCUCAGGUUUACACAAACAGACGAGAUGCUUCUGGUUUCCUGAUCAGAAGCUCAAGGUUUUAUUGUAGCUGAAAUUAUGACUUUAUUAAAUUAUGACAAACACAUUUGAAUUAAAGGAUCAGUUGUAAUUUACUCACAUGUGAGGAUUUGAUGCUUUUAUUAUUUUUCGAUUGAAAUGAGAAUCACUGGGUUUUGGUCGGUUGAUCAGGACGUGUGACAUCACAGGUCUGUGGGAAGUUCAACCAGGCGUGUUUCACCGUUUCCUUGAUUCAUAGACUAAAUAUUAAAGAAUUGAGGAACAAUAAUCAGCAGAUUGAUAAGUGGUUGAAUCUGCUGUGUUGAUCAUAAGGUUCCUUCUGUGUCACUCAUCCUGCGUUAACAAUAAAAUCCUCGUUAAACAAAUAAACAGUCGACAGGAAACGCUCGAGUGCUUUGACUUUGAUGUUCACAGUGAAACGCUCUCACACCAGAGAACUGGGAAGAGGCUCAGUGUGUCCCGGGCGUAACGUGAUGCAACUGGGAGUGACAGUGGACCAGUCAGUUCCAGUUACCUGCCGAGAGGCUGAAGGAAGGUUUGAACCAACACGAGGCUUCAGAGGCGUCUCAACAGACACUCAACCAAACGGGGGGGGAAGAAACAACGGGAACAGAUCAAAGGACAGAUCAAUAUUUCUGUUUGGUUUCAGGAACAAUUAUCAGAAUCAUGGAAUCAUUUUUCGUUGACUUAAUUUACAUCGAGCCAUUUCGAUAACUAACGAGCUGUCGUCACCUUCUGGAACACGUUCAGUUCCUUCACUGGAGUUUUCUUAUUUCACGUCACAUUGCACAACGCUGCCUCUUCUCUAACUGGACCCAGUUGGAUAAAGGUGAGCGUCACUGGUUCGAAAUGAAAGCCACACUGACAGGAGUCUAACUCACUGGGAAGCACCAACUGGUUCAAUCACACUACUUCUGAGUCUAACUCCUAUAGAUGCUUUUAAAAAGGGACGCACAGCUGGGGGAACCAUUUAAACCAUCAAGCUUUCACUGGGUCACUGUUCAUAAAUCUGACUGUAGUGGUCCAGUGAUCCUGACCUGGGGGGCUUACUGUUGAAUUGUACAGAUCUGAGUUCAGAUUUCCUUCUCCACUGUUAAUGAGAAUAUGAGUUUGGAGACAAAGCCACUGAUUCUUCAGAGACUGUUUUAUUACCUGAGAGACGUGUCCAUGUCAACUUAUAAUUCACUUUAUUUCAAAUUGCUUGUUUUUCGUCUUUAUUGAGUCACGUGUGACUUUGUGUAAUUAUAUCAACACACACCUGUUGGAGCAAUGCUGACCCCUAGUGGGUGGAAAUGGAAGAUUAAUAAUAAAACUGAAUUUAAACAGUGAA